AUGGCUACUUCAGUCCAGCAGCAUCACGACGAGGCCGUCACGGUGAGCUUACAGCAGUUGAUUGACGGAUCCGUCUCGUUCGAAACGUUAGCAAAUGCCUUUGGGCCUUCUUCCCUGGGCAUCAUUAUCGUCAAAGAUCUACCCGAAAAGUUCAAGGACCUUCGAGCCCAAGUUCUAUCAAACUCAUCAUAUUUAGCAUCCCUGCCUGCUGAUGAGUUAGAAUCCCUCAGCAGCGCUGAAGCAAAGUACCUGGUUGGGUGGUCAUGUGGAAAAGAGACUCUUCGAUCAGGCCAUUUCGAUACCUUGAAAGGAUCAUACUAUGUUAACUGCGCAUUCUAUCAGAAUCCAGAAUUGCAAAAUGCACCCGCUGAAAAUUUCCCUAAUUUCCCACAGUACACGGCACCCAAUAUAUGGCCGCCUAGUGACCGGCUGCCUACCUUUCGCCAGAGCUUGGUAGACUUAUGCACCCUUAUAAUUGACACCGCGGUGCUAGUUGCCAAAGCUUGUGAUUGCUAUGCGCAGGCAAAUAUCAAUGGAUAUAAACCAGGCUAUCUCGAGCACGUCGUCAAAACCAGCAUGACCACCAAAGCACGAUUGCUACACUAUUUUCCGGGACCCGUGGAAAAUCCAGCCACGGAAACACUCAAUGCCACAGACGGAGAAAACGAUGACAGUGAUGACUGGUGCGCAACGCACCUCGAUCACGGAUGUCUCACCGGCCUCACGUCGGCCAUGUUCGUUGACGAAGCAGCCAAUCCUCCGAGUGCAGACGCCUCACGGUCAUCCCCUCUGCCUGAACUUGCCUCGUCCCCAGACCCCAAAGCUGGGCUGUAUAUCCGUUCGAGGACAGGAAAAGUCGUCAAGGUGAACAUACCCAAGGACUGCCUUGCUUUUCAAACGGGAGAAGCACUGGAGCUUAUCACCCGGGGCAAAUUCAAGGCCGUUCCUCACUUUGUUAGAGGAGCAAAAACGACAGGACAGGCACGAGUUGCUCGCAAUACGCUGGCGGUGUUUACACAGCCGAAUCUGGGCGAAGAGGUAGAACAAGGGAAAGACAUUUGCUGA